CACACCGCAACCGGAAAUGCGAUUAGAUCGUUUCAUCAGUUGAACAACCCUUCUUGGCCCUGAUCCAGAUCGAAGCCAUGUAUCACUCCGGCGAAUUGCAUUAUAAGCUCGGCAGACCGCCUCCGCCGCCAGAGGAUCCACGCCCUGCCUCUCCCCCACCGCCCAGAUCUCGACCACCGCCUGAUGACGCUCCCCCGCCUCUCUCGCGGUCUAUACCUGCUCCUCCACACCGAGGAAAUGAAGAGCGGUCUCAAAUGCCAGCAGGGACAAGCGCAGGAGUCAAGCGGGAUCGUAAAGCAUUCGCCAGCACGCCACCUCGGGAAGUGCCGUCACAAUCUAGACGAGGUGGCCAAGGCACCACAGCAGGAUCUUCGACUGCCUAUGGCACGCUUCGCCAGGGCACAAGAGACGCGCCAAUCGUCAUCGUGGACGGGCCCAGUGAAGUGUCCUCAGAAUUCGAGGAUCGGAUGCGAAGUGCUGUGAAUGCCGCCAAUCAUCUGACUUCACGCGCAUCGAGAGGAACCGCCGCAAUAUCGAGGGGAGAUGGAGACACCAGCGAGGAAGAGGAGCUUUCUGCCGUCGAUGAAGCAGAGCUGGCAGAAUCUCAAGGCUUUAGUUUUGGAUCUCAAAGCGGAGCGAGACAGGGCUCGAGCUUCAAAGACCAGUCUGGAGCAAAGCGGCGUCGCGUUGCCACAGAUGAGUCCGCGUCACGAUCGCAAAGACGUCAGACGGAAGGUGACGAUGAGCAAGACUCCCGUUACGCAGAGCACAGCACCAAGGGGCUGCGAAAGGCCCGAGCAGACCGACGGGAAUACGUAGAGAGGAACAGCGAGAGCGACUCGGACGCUUCGAUGCAUUCCUUGGAUGAGCACCCAACAUCGCAAUCGCGAGCGACACUGACAGCGUCCAUCCCACAAAGAGGCAUCUCUAUAGCUGGAACAGCGAAAGGGACCGCAACAGCUGCGUCGGUGACAACGACCUCCAUUAAGGGUGGACACAGGAUCGCACAGAUGCGGGACAAAGCUGCACAGAAAAAGCAGGUGGCGGACUAUUGGGCUGCGAAAGCUCAGGGAAGCAACAUCGUCAGCGAAGAGAGCGAGGAGGGAGAAGUACACGAGUAGGCUCACAAGAUCGAGCGCAGCGCUUGAUGCGACUUCUGAUACCGUUUGCUGCUUGGCACUCCUGCUAACGCAUGCUGGCCGAGUCCUUGCCCACUGCUUCGAAGCACUGCGCUCAGUCCUCAGCAGCGCGUUCCUGUACACUACCAUAUGAGCCAACACAGCCAAUGUAGAAGAGCUAGUCACCCACACUGUAACAUGCCAAACCAAUCAAAGUCGAUACCUGAGCCGUGAUAUUCUGAUCGUCU